CCCCAAAUCCCUAGCCCUUUCCUGUAUAAAUACUUCACCAGAAGCGUUCCAACACGGGAAAAGCUAGAGAGAGAAAGCAGAGCGAGAAACCACUGAAACCCUCCUUAAUUAUCCUCGUUCUGCUUCGAGGGUUAUCGAUCUGUGUAGGAAAUCUCAGACAGGUUUUGAUGCUCCAGUGUUGUUGAUCUAUUCUGGUUUCGAUCUUUCAGGCGGACUUAUUUUAGUUGCUGGGGACACCGCCAUGUCUUCGCUUAGCAGAGAACUGGUGUUUCUUAUACUUCAGUUUCUAGAUGAAGAAAAAUUUAAGGAGUCUGUUCACAAGUUGGAGCAAGAGUCGGGAUUUUUCUUUAACAUGAGAUAUUUCGAGGAUAUGGUAACGAAUGGGGAGUGGGACGAGGUUGAAAAAUAUUUGUCUGGUUUCACGAAGGUGGAUGAUAAUAGAUAUUCCAUGAAGAUCUUCUUUGAGAUUAGGAAGCAGAAAUACCUUGAAGCUUUAGAUAAGCAAGAUCGAUCAAAAGCAGUGGAUAUUUUAGUGAAGGACUUGAAAGUGUUUGCCGCAUUUAAUGAGGAUCUUUUCAAGGAAAUCACACAACUGUUGACUUUGGAUAACUUUAGACAUAAUGAACAGCUAUCUAAGUAUGGAGAUACAAAGUCCGCUAGGGGGAUAAUGCUCGCUGAACUAAAGAAAUUAAUAGAAGCUAACCCUUUGUUUCGUGAUAAGCUUCAGUUUCCUACCUUGAAGAACUCCAGGCUGCGGACUUUAAUCAAUCAAAGUUUAAACUGGCAACAUCAACUCUGUAAGAAUCCAAGGUCUAAUCCUGACAUAAAGACCCUAUUUGUAGACCAUAGCUGUGGACAGCCAAAUGGUGCACGGGCUCCAUCCCCUGUUACUAAUCCUCUAAUGGGUGCUGUCCCCAAGGCUGGAGGUUUCCCACCGCUUGGUGCUCAUGGUCCAUUCCAGCCAACACCACCUGCUCUUCAGACAUCACUUGCUGGAUGGAUGGCCAAUCCAUCCCCUGUUCCACACCCAUCAGCCUCUGCAGUACCAAUAGGUUUGACUGCAGCGAAUAAUGCAGCUAUUUUAAAGCGCCCCAGAACUCCCACUAAUAACCCAGCUAUGGACUAUCAAACUGCAGAUUCAGAUCACGUAUUGAAGAGGACAAGGCCUUUUGGCAUAUCAGAUGAACAGGUCAAUAAUCUACCAGUAAAUAUUCUGCCUGUUGCUUACUCUAGCCAAAGCCACGGUCAGAGCUCCUAUUCGUCUGAUGACUUGCCCAAGAACGUUGUGAUGACUCUAAGCCAAGGGUCAUCUGUCAAAAGUAUGGAUUUCCAUCCGCUUCAACAAAUCCUACUUCUUGUUGGAACAAACAUGGGAGAUGUCAUGGUGUGGGACGUAGGUAGCCGUGACAGGAUUGCACUUAGAAAUUUCAAGGUCUGGGACCUUGGAGUGUGUUCAAUGCCUCUACAGGCAUCACUGGCUAAUGAUUACACAGCUUCGGUGAACCGUGUGAUGUGGAGUCCUGAUGGAACACUUUUUGGCGUUGCUUAUUCUAAGCACAUUGUGCACUUAUAUUCCUAUCACGGUGGGGAUGAUCUUAGGAACCACCUAGAGAUUGAGGCACAUGCUGGGAGUGUCAAUGAUCUUGCUUUCUCUUAUCCGAACAAACAACUAUGUGUUGUUACCUGCGGAGAAGAUAGGGUCAUCAAGGUAUGGGAUGCAGUCACGGGUGUAAAGCAGUAUAUAUUUGAGGGUCAUGAAGCACCUGUAUAUUCUGUGUGCCCUCAUCACAAAGAAAAUAUUCAGUUCAUCUUUUCAACUGCAACUGAUGGAAAAAUAAAGGCUUGGUUGUAUGACAACAUGGGUUCUAGGGUUGACUAUGACGCACCAGGCCAUUCCUCUACUGCAAUGGCAUAUAGUGCUGAUGGAACAAGGCUAUUUUCAUGCGGCACAAACAAAGAAGGGGAAUCAUUUUUAGUGGAAUGGAAUGAAAGUGAAGGAGCUGUAAAGCGUACAUAUCAUGGUCUGGGGAAGAGAUCCGUAGGUGUUGUGCAAUUUGAUACAACUAAGAAUCGAUUCUUAGCUGCUGGUGAUGAGUUUAUGAUUAAAUUCUGGGACAUGGAUAGUACAAACUUGUUGACGAGUGUAGAUGCAGAGGGUGGAUUACAGUCUUCUCCUUGUAUUAGAUUUAACAAGGAGGGAAUACUGUUGGCUGUCUCCACAAAUGACAAUGGAAUUAAAAUAUUAGCAAAUACAGAUGGUAUUAGGCUACUUCGGACAGUGGAGAAUCGCCCAUUUGAUGCUCCUAGAGUUGCUACUGCGUCUGUUGUGAAGGCCCAGGCAUCUCCAAUUAGCACCUUUGCUUCUAAUAAUGUAACUGUGGGAACAAGCCUUGCGGAUCGAGCUCCUUCAGUGGCAGCCAUGGUUGGAAUGAAUAAUGAUACUCGAAGUUUAGCUGAUGUAAAGCCCAGAAUUGCUGAUGAAGCUGUUGAUAAAUCUAGGAUCUGGAAACUGACAGAAAUUACUGAACUAUCACAAUGCCGUGCACUGAAGCUUCCUGACAAUUUAUCACCAACAAGGGUUUCUAGAUUAAUUUACACAAAUCAAGGGGUUGCCAUUCUGGCAUUAGCAGCAAAUGCUGUUCACAAGCUUUGGAAAUGGCAGAAAAAUGAUCGGAAUGUUACUGGGAAGGCCACUACAGCAGUUACACCACAACUGUGGCAACCAUCCAGUGGAAUAUUGAUGACUAAUGAUAAAAGUGAUACAAACCCAGAGGAAGCUGUCUCAUGUUUUGCACUCUCGAAGAAUGACUCCUAUGUCAUGUCAGCUUCGGGAGGAAAAAUUUCCCUUUUCAAUAUGAUGACAUUUAGGACAAUGACUACUUUCAUGCCACCGCCCCCAGCUGCUACAUUUCUUGCUUUUCAUCCUCAAGACAACAAUAUUAUUGCCAUUGGCAUGGAAGACUCUUCUAUACAAAUUUACAAUGUUAGGGUGGAUGAGGUCAAAACCAAGCUAAAAGGUCAUCAGAAGAGAAUCACUGGUCUUGCAUUUUCUCACGUUCUAAAUGUGCUUGUAUCAUCGGGAGCUGACUCUCAGUUGUGCGUUUGGAGCACAGAUGGAUGGGAAAAGCAGGCGAGUAAAUUUCUGCAGAUGCCCAGUGGUCGGGCACCAGCGCCUCUUGGUGAUACUCGAGUCCAAUUCCAUCAAGAUCAGAUACAUUUGCUGGCUGUUCAUGAAACCCAGAUAGCCAUCUUUGAGGCACCUAAGUUGGAAUGCUUAAAGCAGUGGGCUCCUCGAGAAGCCAGUGGUCCAAUCACACAUGCUACGUAUUCAUGUGACAGUCACUUAAUAUAUGUAAGCUUUGAAGAUGGAAGUGUGGGCGUACUCACUGCUUCAACCCUCAGAUUACGGUGCAGAAUAAAUCAAACUGCAUAUCUUCAUCCGAAUCCAAGCUUGAGAGUCCAUCCUCUUGUCAUUGCCGCACAUCCCUCCGAAGCCAAUCAAUUUGCAUUGGGACUUACAGAUGGCGGGGUAUAUGUUCUUGAGCCACUAGAGUCAGAAGGAAGAUGGGGCUCUCCGCCUCCAACAGAGAACGGCGCUGGUCCGAGCACCCCGUCAGGAGCCACUGUAACGGAGCAACCUCAAAGGUGACCGUGUAUCUUGUAGUCUUUGUCCAAGGACCUUGAGUGUAUGUAUUGGAUUGUGAUCCCGCUCCCUUGUGCAAAGGGGAAGCUGCGGAAUUUAGGUGUUAUUAUCUUUAGGAUGAACCUAUCACGUAUCACCUUCUUAGUGGCUUCCUAACCAAUUUGUAUUUCCAUGGAAUUUUCGUUUUUUUUUUUUUUGGGUCUCUUUUCAAUUAGGACCACGACCUAAGUCUGUUUAUGUAGGGUAAAUUUAAAAGGGGUGCUGGAGAGAGGAGGGUUAAGGUCUGCAUUCUCCUUUUCCCUCUUGGUUGGGCCUGUUUUUUGGUUUUUUUAAAUUGUUUUAGUUUUUUCGGUAUAUAUUGAGCUAGUCAUUAUAAUUUAUUUUUUACCCAGUUAAAGCUAGAUACUGACAUGCAGUUCUAUUCAGUCAUUUAUCUUAUUUGCUAUGAUUCUUUUA